UGCAACCUUCCUCUUUUCUUCUCUUCAAUUCUCCAUCUCCUUCUUUAACUCUCUCUCUCUCUUGUUUUCCUCCCCAUCUCACUGCAGUUAUCUCUUUCUGUCAGCUUCCCACCAUUUCUUUUCCCGUUCCCAAGAAACUCCUUGGAAACCACCCCACCCUUCAUCAUCAUCAUCAUCAUCAUCUCAUCAUGCUUUCCAGAGCUGGGAACGUCCUGUGGAUGGAAGAAGAUAGCAAGGAAGAAGACUCUGCUUCCUGGACCAAAAACAACACCGACACCCAUCUCACCCACCCUGCUAGUUCCUCUGUUUUCGACAACAACCACCAAAUCACCUCUCUCUCUACCUUCAAAUCCAUGCUCGAUGUUGAAGACGACUGGUGCAUCAAUGGAAAUGCCCUCCAUAACCAUACCCACCACGCCGACAUCAACGACAUUACCUUCUCCCAGAAUUUCACCGACCCACCUGACAAUUUGUUGCUCCCCUCUGCAGAUUCCUCCUCUUCUUGCUCCCCUUCUUCCUCUGUCUUCAAUAACAUCGACCCAUCUCAAUUGCGCUUCUUUUUACCCCCAACCCGCACUUUCUCUUCACUCCACAAGCCCAUUUCUAACAACCCUUUAGACCAUCCCUUCGAUUUGGGCGCAGAGUUUGGGUUUCUUGACGUCCAAGCUUCAAAUUCUUCCACUCUGCUCAACAAUGGAGGUGGGUUAUUAACUGGGUUCACUGAUUUAAGCCCAACUAGCCAAAUGAACACUCCUAAUUUGUGCUUAGCCUCUCAAUUGACAGAGAAUUGUUCGGGUUUAGCUGGAUUUCAGAGUUUCGAUGACAAUUUGGGAAAUGCUCUGCUUCUGAAUCGGUCUAAGCUUUUGAGACCACUUGAAUCCUUUCCCUCAGUGGGAGCUCAGCCGACUCUUUUUCAGAAGAGGGCAGCUCUAAGGAAAAGUUUAGCUGAUAAGGGAAGCAAUUUGGGGGGUUUGAGCCCCGAUGGCGGCUGGUUUUCAAACAGGAUUGAUGGGAGCGUUGGCAAAAAUGAGAUCGGUGAUGAAAAUGGGAAGAAGAGGAAAAUGAUUUAUGCGGAUGAGUUUCAAGAUACCAGCAUCGACACAUCCCGUUUCAAUUACGAUUCUGAUGAUUUUACUGAGCAUAAUAACAGUAAGUUGGAUGAGAGCGGUAGAAAUGUCGUAAAUACAUCAAACGCCAAUAGUACGGUGACCGGCGGCGACCAGAAGGGGAAGAAGAAAGGACUUCCAGCGAAGAAUUUGAUGGCUGAGAGGCGUCGGAGGAAGAAGCUCAAUGAUAGGCUCUACAUGCUGAGGUCUGUUGUUCCCAAAAUUAGCAAAAUGGAUAGAGCUUCAAUUCUUGGGGAUGCAAUUGAGUACUUAAAGGAACUACUGCAAAGAAUCAAUGACCUCCAUAAUGAACUGGAAUUUGCUCCUCCGGGGAUGGCCUUGACGCCGAGCACAAGCUUUCAUCCCCUAACUCCGACUCCGUCGAGCCUCUCGAGUCGUAUAAAGGAGGAGCUAUGUCCUAGUUCAUUUCCCAGCCCAAAUGGCCAACAACCUGCAAGGGUCGAAGUUCGGGUACGAGAAGGACGGGCGGUAAAUAUACACAUGUUUUGCAGUCGUCGUCCUGGGCUCUUGCUCUCCACAGUUAGAGCAUUAGAUAAUCUUGGAUUAGACAUCCAACAAGCUGUGAUCAGCUGCUUUAAUGGAUUUGCCAUGGACAUUUUUCGAGCAGAGCAAUGCAGCGAAGAGCAAGAUGUCCAUCCUGAGAAGAUAAAAGCAAUACUAUUAGAUUCAAUUGGGUUGAAUGGUGCGGCAUAGAUAUCUGCAAGACAUGCUUGAUCUUUCACAAACUGAACCAUUUCAUUUCAAUCAUAUAUUACCUAGCUUUUUACUUCGGUUGAGUUCUACGUUGUUCAUCAGAAAAAUGACUCCAUUGUUGAUUUAGAAGUAAAAUCUUAUGAAGUAUUAUAUGCAUUAACUUGCUAUUGAGAUGAUUAUCACAAUUUGAAAUUCUAGUCUG